AUGCUCAAUUUACAGGUGCGAGAUCUGGAAAACGAGCUUAACACGGCUCAGCGAUGCUGCCAGGAAUCAGAGAAGGAUCGUCGAAAGUACACACGUGAAAUUAAAGAGUUACAAUACCAGGUCGCAGAGGACAAGAAAAACGAGGAACGCCUUCAAGACUUGAUCAACAAACUGCAACAAAAGUUGAAGGUGUACAAACGUCAAAUGGAGGAACUGGAACAGACGGCUUCGUCGAAUCUGUCGAAGUAUAGACAGGUGCUGACACAGCUGCAAGAUGCUGAAGAGCGAGCAGACAUGGCCGAAAACUCGUUGGUUAAGUAUCGGAGUAAAAGUCGACUGAACCUUUCAUCAUCUAUUGGAGGAAUAUAUCACUCGGCGUCGUCUUCGAUGCUGAUGCGGAACUUUUCUCGCUCUGCUUCAGCAAUGGACGUGAUGAGAGAAGAGGACAGGCGCGAAAGAGAAGAUUGA